CCACAGCCACAUCGGGAGCAGAGCAGAUCAGAUCCACCUGGUUUCGUUGACAUGCAGAUUUGUCAGUUGAAAUGCCUACUGGUCGUGGUGACCGUGCUAGCGGUGUCCACUGUGGGUCACGACUCCCUCUUAGAUUCCUUCCUCGGUUGCGUAGUAGAUGAUCUGUUGGAAUAUGUGAAGAAACAUGGCAAAAGCUUUUAUGUUGAGGCUAUUGGAACACUCGUUCCUUCCUGUUCCCUCGGCUUUGAACAGACUCAACAUGAUGGAGAAGAAACUUACAUCAUUUCAAUUUGUCUCAACGUUACGAAUUUGACAAUUGCCCCUCCAAUUCAAGUUGCAAAGAAGGUGCGAAUCGGAAAAGCAAAGGUAGACGGAUCUUUUCAAAUAACGAAAGGCAAUGCAACCAAAAUCAGUGUAAAAUUGUCAGCACCAGUCUUUGAAGGAGCAUUUGUCUACCUUUACUUUCUACCCGUACCAGCUCUACCUUUUAAGGAAAGGCUAUUAUCCGCUCUUACAGAAUUGAUAGAAAGCCAGCUUCAGUCCCUGGUUUCAAAGCUUGGAUGA